GUUCUCGCGACACUUGGCUGUCUAGGGAAGGAGAGUUUAAGUUUUUUUUCACAGCUUGGUAGUUGUUGGUUCCGACAAUUUUUCUCCUAAAACUGGCCCGGACUGUGAUGUCUUUCCGGAUUACUCUUUAACCCCCGCCGCUUCUUUUUCCGAGUGUAGCAGAUUAGAAGAAAAUGAGCUUCCUAUUUGGGAAUCGAAGUAACAGAACUUUCAAACCAAAGAAGAACAUUCCGGAAGGUUCCCAUCAAUAUGAGCUGCUGAAGCAUGCUGAAGCAACCUUGGGAAGCGGUAACCUUCGUCAAGCUGUCAUAUUACCAGAAGGCGAGGAUCUAAAUGAAUGGAUUGCCGUCAAUACUGUAGACUUCUUCAACCAAAUCAACAUGCUGUAUGGAACAAUAACAGAGUUUUGUACAGAACAAAGCUGUUCUGUUAUGUCAGCAGGACCAAGAUAUGAAUACCAUUGGGCUGAUGGCACAAACAUUAAAAAACCAAUUAAGUGUUCUGCUCCAAAAUACAUUGAUUACCUGAUGACAUGGGUACAGGACCAGCUUGAUGAUGAGACCCUCUUUCCUUCUAAAAUAGGAGUGCCCUUCCCUAAAAAUUUCAUGUCUGUGGCCAAGACCAUUCUUAAGCGUCUCUUCAGGGUUUACGCUCAUAUUUAUCACCAGCAUUUCGACUCUGUGAUGCAGCUUCAGGAAGAGGCCCAUCUUAAUACUUCCUUCAAGCACUUCAUAUUUUUUGUUCAGGAAUUUAAUUUGAUUGACAGAAAAGAGCUUGCUCCACUCCAAGAUCUAAUUGAAAAGCUUGGAUCAAAAGACAGAUGAAUGUUCUUCAAGAAUUGAUACCAUUUUUACCACAUCAGCGUGAUCUUAGUGCUUCUCUUUUUCUACCUUCAAGAUCCCCAUUUCCUGCACAUACACAGUAUGAUGUGUGAUCAUUGUGAGCAUGCUCUGUGGAAAAAUCCAUUGUCUCUGUAAUUGUUAAAUAGUACUUCAAUAUUUAGGAUGAAUAACCUUUGGAUAAACAAGUCAAUAAGCUGUUGGUUCUGGCCAGAUGUCAGUGUUCUAAAGACAUUGCCAAUCAGCCAUGUUGAAAGAUUCAAAGGUGCCCAAACAUUCUACAUGAUCAUUUCAAGGAUAUGGCAGUAUUGAUUUUGUUUUCCUCUAGGUGUGACUAGCAGACUUAGCAAAAUGUGUUGGUUAAAGCAUGCUAAAGACAUUUAGGGAGGAGAAAACUAUUGCUGCGUUAGUUUGAUACUCAGAGUCUUGAUGGAUGGGUUUGUAGUUUGGAUUCCUGGUUUCUGCAUGCUCCAUCUUCUUGUGCUUUUAUUUGAGGAAACAUGGAAAACUAAUUUGAUUCCUGUCCUCAAAUUAAAAGCAAACUGGAACUUGUGCAGAUUGAAUGUAUGUUUUGAAUGGGUUGAUUUGCAGUGUGACUGCAGGUUGUUCACGCUGCAAAUAGACCAAUUAAUUGUAGACUAGUUAAUUGUACACAGUCUCUAAAUGUACUUCUUGGAUUGAAAAGACAGUGGAAAAACUUUUGUACUUUGUUGAUGCAUACAUAUACAUUUAUACAUUAAUCUCUGAUGAUGUUAAAGAAGCUUUGAUUGAUUCAGUGGGACAUGUUUUCCAUGUCUUAGGCUGACAGUACAGCAAUUUGAAGUUGAGAAAUUUUCAAAAUCUUUACUCUAAAUUACUCUACUUAGGUUUCAGUUAAUUGCUUCACAAGAGUGAUGGGUUUUAAAUUGAAGGCACAUGUUCAAAUUGUUUUGCUUGAAGAAUGUUAGAGUAGGACAGUGACAUACAAGAGAAAGUACCACUAGUUGGUGUUUUUUUUUACCCUCAAAAAUUGCCUAUGAAAUACAUGUACCGAGCUGUCAAUAUACUGUCUGUAACCAGCUGAUGAUUGUAAGAAUUUACUGUUGUCAUUUAAACGUUUUUCUAUUGUUUGGUUUCUGACCAUGCAUUUUCUGAACCACUUUUUGGAAUUUCUAAAUCGCCGAUCAGUUUGACUCUUGUGACUGUAAUUUUGGAUUAUAUCACAGAGCAUGUACGAUUGCAUAUUGUGAAAACUGUGUUGCCUUUAUUUCUUAUGUUAUUAGAUGCACUUUGGGGACUGUGCCCAGUUGCCUUAACUAGACUACUUUUUCAAAACUUGGUCAGUCAUGCUUUAAUAUUGAAUAUUUUUUUUAAUGUUUUUACACACAAGGUGAAUAAGAAACUUUGCAGCAGGAUAUAACUUUUUAACCUGUGAUUGCAUAAUAGCAAUAGUCAUGGGGCAAGGGUUUUUUUUUAAGAAUCUAGCAAUAAUGUGCUUUAAGUGAAUGGCAUUUUUUUUAUAUUUUUAAAUAUCAUUGUCCGAAUAUGGGUGACUACUGAAAAUAACCACCUGCUAGGUCUAAGCAUUUUAAAUUGUAUUUUGCUGCGGUCAAAGCUCUGGAAUAGUUUCCCUGUUUAAUGGCUGAGAAGAAUUGAACAGUCUUGGCAUUUAAGUCACUUGCAUUCUUAUUAUCAAAUAUUGCUGUUAGUUCUUUUCUGUUGAGCACAAUAAAAAAGUUGAGGAGGUUUACAACUGAACUCCAAGUUUGAA